GGAUGAAAUAGAUGCUUUAUGUCGAAUUUAUCGUAAACUUAUAUCGAAUAGUCAAUAUGCCGCAAAAACAUUGGCGACCGGCAGUUCGAGUGCAGCAAUUGUAAAGCCACAUGCAACAGUCGAGGGUGUCGAUCGCAUCGUCUUCCGCGAAUUGCUGCACAGCACUUUCGAUAUUGUCACCGAAGAAAUUUUAAUGGAACGCAUAUUUUGUUGUUGGGAUCGCGCUCACGAAGGUUUGCCAUUGCGCUUGGAUGGUUGGUUGACAGGCUUGUCGAUUUUUCUGCGUGGUUCGCUAGCUGAGCGCGCUAACUUUUGCUUUCGUGUCUAUGACUUGAACGGUGAUGGCUUUAUAACGAAAGAUGAAAUGUUUACGCUGUUGCGUAAUUGUCUCAUCAAACAGCCACAGGAUGAGGAUCCGGAUGAAGGUGUUAAAGAUUUGGUGGAGAUCGUCUUGAAGAAAUUCGAUUUGGAUAAGGAUGGCAAGGUUUCCAUUGAAGACUUUAUGGGUACAAUCGCAGUUGAACCAUUGCUGCUGCAAGCCUUUGGCCAGUGCUUGCCUUCAGAAACUGCUACAGUUUCUUUCUUUUCUACAUUACAAAUUUAAAAUGACUUAAAAAAAAACUAACUUUAUAUUUUAAUUAGGAAA